CUCACCAUGUCUGCUGUCAAAAACUCUGGAGGUGUCUCUUUUUCUGAUCGCGCGGAAGAAGUGGGAGCUACAAAACUCUGGUCUGUCUAUGUUGAUGAAGCAGAGCGGUACGACAAAUCGCUUGUCGCGAGCUGGAAGAGUGAUAUGGAGGGAAUGCUGAUAUUUGCUGGUCUAUUUUCCGCUAGUUUAACGGCGUUCCUCAUUGAAAGCUACAAAACACUUGUUCAAGAUCCUGGCGAUGCGACCGUCCAACUUUUAGAGCAAAUUCUUGCGGUGUCGUCCAAUAACUCAACGUUUACACCAACCAGUCGUGAAGCAUUCAAACCAACCACAUCUUCUCUUGUCUGCAAUGCAUUGUGGUUCAUCAGCCUUGGACUCAGCUUAGCGUGUGCUCUUGUUGCGACAUUGCUCGAGCAGUGGGCCCGUGAUUUCCUACACCGAGCCAACAUGCGAUCUUCUCCCGUAGUUCGCGCGAGAAUAUACUCCUACCUAUACUAUGGUUUCAGACGGUUUAAAAUGCACGCGGUAGUUGAGAUCAUACCCUCUCUUCUCCACGCUGCACUCUUAUUUUUUUUCUGUGGCUUGGUCGUCUUUCUCCUCCCUGUGAACAAGAUUAUUGCCGCGCUUGUGGCAGGUAUCUUGGUCAUUGUUCUCAGCUUCUACACUUUCUUGACUAUUUUACCAAUGUUGCAAUCUGACUCUCCAUAUCGCACUCCUUUCUCAAAUUCAAUCUGGGGCUUUCUCGGAUUCUGCCACCUGUGGUUUUGGCGCCUACUCAGGCACCCUCAAAGUAGAGCCCAGACAACUCUUGUCGACAAUAUGAUUAAGCACGCUGUUACUCCAUCGGCCGAUCGCCAUGAGCGGGAUGUAGCAGCACUCCUCUGGACUGUGGGCUCAUUGUCAGAUGACAAUGAGCUGCAAGCUUUUGUUGAAGGCAUUCCCGAUGCAAUAUGGGGCCCAGAGAAGCAACACUCCAACAACGUCGCGUUGAUGACGCGGUUGCGCGACUCUACGGAGGCAAACCUAUCGCUCCGAAUUACAGAGCUCUGGCGGAGCCGCGAGGAUGGCUUCUUGUCUUCGGAUGUAGCUGAAACCCGUGGUGUUGCCUGUCUCAAGGCGUUCUGGGCCCUUUGCAGUAUUCCUGCUCCAAUCAAAUUCCCCUCGGUUCUGGAAGCUAUUCCGUCAGACUUUGAUCCUCUGGAUCUAUGGGCCAUCUACCCCACAUAUAUGCCCGGUGAUUCUUCAUUGUAUGUUUCCAUCCGAACGAUGGCGAGCUGGAGUGGCCUCAAAUGGCUGGAAACAUACCUCACUCAUGCUAAAUGUGGGAAUGGAACCAUGCUGUCUUAUUAUGCACCCGUUUACCGCUAUCUCUCUCGAUUCCUGCGACUUUCACCCACAGAGAUCAGCCAAGCUAUAGAAACGCUGCAGAGUUCAGUAAACAGUGCACAACAGUUUGAGACGGCUUUAGGACAAUUGCUGAGCUCACUUGCCCAUCGACUCUUCUUUCGCUACCUAAAAAUGGCUGUCUUCAGUGAGUCUCUGCCCUAUCGCUGGUGGGAGACCCUGAACAUCGUGUACCCUGUGGGUUUGCGAUCACACAUAUCGAAUGACUCGGAUACCCUCGAACAACUUGAGUCGCUUAUUGAUACAACUCUCUUCGACUUGAAAUUUCGACCUCGCCGUCAGCCUGAGCCUAAGCUUUGGAAUGGGCCAGCUAUCCAGGCAGCAAUGAGUGAGCUUUGCAAGCUUUGGCGACCACAACAGGAGAGGCAGAUCCCUCUCGGCGUUAUCGCAUACGUCAAGCGUCUGAGUGAGGAACCACAUUCUCCCGACGCAGAUGUGCUAGUUUUCGGAGCUGGGAGGCUUUUCUAUGAAACAGGACUUCAUCACUACCUCUGGCGUUGCUUUCCUGCCACCAUUAUUUGGCUUCAAGUUUGUGCAGUAGAACCCUUGAAGGUAUAUACGGAAGCACAAGUAGCUCUCCAUGAUACGCUGAUUAUUAUAUGGACAAUUGUUGAUCUCACAACUGAAAGUGUCGGCGUGGAUCGGUUACAACUGCCUGACAAAGCGAUACUUGAUGCUCUCAUCGACGCACUAGAAACAUGCACGUCACCAAUGGCUCCAGCAGUCAUGCUCGUAGUCAGAGCAGUAUCUCUUUGGGAUCAGAUCAACACAAUGAUUGCUCGCAUGUGGCGUCGUAGAGUAAACGACCCCCAGGCCCAAUCCAGUGAUACUGCUGGAAAACUUGAAGACGUUGUCGUUAUUCUCUCGGAGUUCCUCGAACGAUGCACAACAGUGGACAUAAGUCACACGCUCCGGGCAGUCAAAUCUCUGCACAAGAUAGCGCAUCUUCAACCUUACUAUCCCAAUGAUUCGGACGACCUAGCAGUACAGUCGGUUCACCAGACCCGUUUCACACGUGGAUUGCGUGAAUUAAUGGGAACCUCUCGAGUCUCAGCCGAGCACUCGCAACUGGUGGCGCGCAGAGUGCUUGAUAGUCCCGUAUUUGAUCCACCGGCAGGCCUAGAACGCUUCCAUUGGAUAACAGAGCUUACAGCCCAGGACGAUCUAGAUGUUGUUCGAGGCGGAUUGGCAGAAUAUCAGGAUGGGGAGCAGCUUGAAGAAAGUUCAGGGUGA